AUGUCGUGGGCUCAUUUAGUUGUCGUAGUUGUAGCCACCCGAGACUGCCUUGACGACAAAAGAAGACCUACCGGCUACUGGUAUGGCCUGAAGGAGAAACUCAAUGAAGCAGAGAAGAGCGACAUAACUUUUACUCUAACAAAUAAUGAACCAAGCGAUGGUUACAAAGAGUUCAGAUAUUCGGAGAAGCCUUUCACUUCCUGGAUUGAGGAUGACUUCCCUAACAAACCUGAUGGAGGGAGAAGGGGUGUAAACAAGGUGCUGGGGCUCUACGCUGACGCCCAAAAGGCUCUCUUUAAGAAGCGCCCCUUUGCAGACGACACCGAACCAAUAUGCUGUGACGGUGUCGUGGGCCUCCUCGGUUUUCUCUUCCUCCUACUUGUCGAUAUAGCCUACGUUAUCUACGCUUGCCUCUGUAAAGGUCUGGACAGGGGCAGGGAUGUGCACCUUCUCUGGCUGUCGGUCAUUUUCUGGUUCGUGGUUCUCGUUGCCUUUCUCACACUCAAAACGCACGCAGGUUAUGUUACAUUUGACUUCCUCGGGAAGCGAAUGGCAGAAUUUCUCGAAAACAGUCUGGCUGGGUCUCGAUUUGUGUUUGGUGCAUCGGACUGUUUCGCCUUCUCUACAGAAGCUCCACUGAUUACACGGUCGUACUCAGCCAUGUCUACCAACUCCGAGCUUCAUGCAAUGAUUUUCAACGGAUUCACCUCAAUUGCAGGCCCCGUCCUAGCCGCAUUUAUUAGCUCUGGGGUUCCGCCAAACCACCUCCUGAUUGCUUGUAUCAUAUCUGCUCCUGCUGCCCUUGCCGUCUCCAAAAUUAUAUAUCCUGAGACAAAAAUUUCGCCUGUAGCCAGUUCAGAAUUUAGCCUCAAGUUGAAGAGCCCUUACAACAGUGUGCUUGAAGCUGCAAUGGUUAAUGCCAUGGAGGCGGUCCCGAUUUGUGCGGGGAUCACGGCAAAUUUGAUUGCCUUCCUCAAGCAAUCCGGUCUCACUUGGCUCACAAAGGAGGUGCAUUUCUCCACCAAGUUAAAACACAUUAUUGUAGUUAUUGCGCUAACAGUGAUAGUGAAUACUGAGAAAGCUAAAGUACUAGGCACCUACGCUCUUUGCGGCUUUGCAAACAUCGGAUCCAUUGGUAUCCUCCUCGGCGUCCUGGUCACCAUUCUUCCCCAGCGGCGAGCCGACUUGACAAGUAUGCUCGUCGGCGGGAUGAUCGGCGGCAAUAUAGCCGGUGAAAUUUAG